AUGAAUAUUGAUCGCUAUGAUCAUACAGCAACUGUGCUGCACGAUGGAAAAGUGCUGGUAACUGGUGGACGUGAUCUAGGCGUAUCGAUCUGGAACUCUACUGAAUUAUUCAACCCAUUGACGAAUCAAUGGACCACAAUGCAUAGUAUGAGCACCCCACGCUGUACUCAUUCAGUGGCUUUGUUACCAAAUGGAAGAGUCUUAGUCGUUGGUGGAUUCUUCAGUACCUCUUCAGAGAGUGCUGAACUGUACGAUUCAUCUACCGACUCUUGGGCGGUCACUGGUAAUAUGAAAAAUCAACGCUCUUAUCAUACAACAUCUUUGCUCACUAGUGGAAAAGUCUUGGUUGUUGGCGGAUCUUUCGGUCCUCAUGCUGACAUCACAGAAGUAUACUAG